AUGUUGAGAAGCGCAUUUGUGGUCGGUGGUUCCGGGGCUGUUGGAAGGCAGUUGAUCGAUGCGCUUGUGUCAUCACGCCAGUUCAAAGAAAUUCGCGUUAUUGGUAGAAGAGAAAUUUUUUUAAAUCAUGAAUCGUUGCACCAAGUAGUUGUGGAUUUCGAUGCCCUAGAAACGUAUGAGGAAGCAUUCAAAGGCGUGGAUAUUGGUUUCUGUGCUCUCGGAACAACUCGUGCAAAAGCCGGAAAGGAUGGCUUCUACAAGGUUGAUCAUGACUACGUCGUGAACGUUGCGAAAAUCGCUAAAGCUCAAGGUGUGCGGGAAUUCGUCUUAGUUACUUCAGCGGGAUCCAACGAACAUUCCUGGUUCCUGUACCCCAAGACAAAGGGUGAAACGGAGAGAGACGUUGGAGCUCUGCAGUUUGACAAGCUGUUGAUAGUACGUCCUGGUUUCCUUGAAGGUCCAAGGGAAGAGCAUCGUUUUGGGGAAUCACUUGCGAAAGUCCUCGUUAAACCCUUGAAGUUGUUCAGUAAUUCUAUGGCUAUAUCCACCGCAGAUGUUGCAAAGGUAAGAAUUAUGUUGCCCUUAUCCGAAAAGAACUUCGGGCCGCCAAUUACUCGUUUGCGUGCUAUCCAUCGUACCAACCAGGGCCCUUACUUUGCCUUUCUGUCAGCCAAAGUUUUCUCAGUCGGUGCUAAUGGCGAUCACCCGUCAACGGGAAUGAAAGCACCGAUAGAAAAAAAACAUGGCUGA